AUGAGGGCUAGAGUAAGAUUGUUGCUCUGCGUUUUCGCAAUAGCCCUUGGCGGUGCCAUUGUCGGUAUUGAUAUUGGCAUCAUAGCUACAACAAUCGGUCAACAGUCCUUCAAUGACUACAUGUUCCCACCUGGAACGGCCAAUGCAAGCAGUCUUUUAGGAGCCAUUGUCUCCAUGGGCUCAACUGGUAAUGUCGUCGGUUCAUUGAUGCUGGGCUUUGCCCUCGAGAAACUUGGUCGGAAAUGGACCGUUGCAGCCGCUACCAGCUUCACGAUUGUCGGUGCCAUAAUGCAAGCCGCUGCAAAUGGAGUUGGCCUCAUGAUUGCUGGUCGUUUAGUUGCCGGAGUAGCGGUUGGCAUGCUGAAUGGUGGCUUGCCUGUGUAUAUUUCGGAACUCGCUGUACCACAAGAGCGUGCAAGACUGGUUGGAAUAUUUGGCUUGAUGAUUGCCAUUGGAUUUUGUAUUGCCAAUUGGAUUGGCUAUGCAUGUUCUUUUACAAAUGGGGAUAUUGCUUGGCGACUUGAGCUCGCAAUGCAGAUUCCGUUGGCUGUUGUCUUGCUAGCCGUAUCCUUCUUUACUCCAGAAUCACCGCGCUGGCUUGCUGAGAGAGACCGGACGGAACAGUUUGACAUGACUCUUCGCAAACUCUAUGGUACUCAGGACGAGGACCUCCUGACGCGCACUGCACUGGAGAUUCGAGAACAAGUCUCGUUCGAAAGAGCCACACGUACAAACACUCGACUUGGUCAUGCCAUCAUUGAACUUUUUGGGCGAAAGUAUAUUCGCAGAACUGUAAUUGCCAUCAUCGUUCUCCAAGUCGGAAUCUUGUCGGGAUCGCUGGCUAUCCAGAAUUACCAGAGUCUGCUUUACAGCGCGCUCGGGUUUACCGGAAGAAGAUCACUUCUCAUCAGUGGAUGCUACGGUUUCAUGGGUGUCAUUGGUCAGAUCAUUAAUCUCGCGGGAGUAUCAGAUCGUUGGCCACGAGUAAGAACAAUGUAUGUUGGAUGUUUCAUACUGGCAUGCAUGCUUGCAAUCCUGGCAGCACUUUCUGCAGAAUUCGGCAACGGCCAAAAUGCGAAUGGUGCCAGAGCCGGUGUUGCUUUCAUAUUUCUCUAUUCGGCGAUAUAUGCCGUGUUUUUCAACUCCACUCUAUUCACCAUUGCUGCAGAAAUGUUCCCCCUCCAUUUGAGAGGUUAUGGUGUUGGUGUCAGUGUUAUGUGCCAGGGAAUAUCUGGCAUUUGGCUUGGGCAGAUCACGCCAUACGCGUUUGAUGCCAUCAAAUGGAAGUACUAUCUCGUUUUUAUUGCUUGUUUGGUGGUUUUGGGUGUUUUCUACGCCUACUUUCUGCAGGAAACAAACCAAAUUUCUUUGGAACAAGUGGCUGGGCAAUAUGGUGAUGAGACAGUCUCGGUGGAUAAGGUGGUUCAGAGUCAGGUUGAAGUUGGAGAACGUGAUCAUGUAUAA